CCGCCUUCCACGUGCCAACUCUCCGCUCAUCGUAUCAUUAUCCAGAGAGGACGGAAAGACGUGCUCCAUGGCGAUGCAAGCCGACCGCAGCCACUGCGUGUUCUGACGAUGGGCACCCGAAAUGAAUGGUUCCGGAGACAAACAGGACGACGGAUGAUAACGAUUGACAGGACCACGAAGCGCUGACUCAGCGCACUACAUUUCCCGCUCCUUUCAGACUAACGCACACGACGCAUACACGUCCCUCUCUUAGUUUCAAUCCAUCACAUCAUCUGACUGGACCGCAACCGACAUCUAAGCCGCUCAUCUGACGAUCGUCCACCACACCGUAUCCCGCUAACACAUCGGCUCACGGAGUACGACCCCGCACGAUCCCAGUGCAAGCACGGCGCAGGACCACAGCCUACCAAACAGGACGGCGAUGUCUCCAGCACCAGUGCCGACAGCCGAUCUUUUCGCCACGGCGCCGGGCAAGUCCGCGACGCUGGAUGAGACGUGGGAGUUCCUUGCCGCCGGCGCGGGGUACAUCAUGCACCUGUCUGAGGGCAGCAGCGGGGUUAGGGGACAGGCGGCCGGAAGUGGGGGGCCCGGCCUCACGUUCGCGGGGUAUACCAGCCUGUACACGACGGUAUAUAACUACUGCACGAGCAACAAGAUGCAUGGGCGAUUAGAGGGGAAUCGGACCGGUGCGAAUCUCGUUGGUGCGGACCUGUAUGGAAAGCUGGAAGUGUACCUCACAACGUACCUCGAGCCGGUAUUGCAGAGGGGACUUUCACACACCCCAUUGUCGAAAUUCCUCGCCGCCGACGUCGCCUUCCUACGUUUUUACGCUUCGGCAUGGGACGCUUACACGACCGGCGCCAACUACCUCAACAGACUGUUCGCAUACCUCAAUCGGUACUGGGUCAAGCGCGAGCGCGACGAGGGGAAGAAGAACAUCUUGCCGGUGUACACGCUCGCUCUCGCGCAGUGGCACGCACAUCUCUUCACCCCACUGCAGGAUGCGCUCGCCUCAGCGGUGCUCCGUGUGAUCGUUGCUCAGAGGGACGGCGCAGAGGUCGACGGGUCAGAGGCGCUGCUUAAGCGCGUUGUGAACUCUUUCGUCAGUCUGGGGCUGGACACGGCGAACCUGAAUACGGAGUGUCUUGACGUAUACCGCGGGGCGUUCGAGGGUGCCUUCAUCGAUGCCUCCGAGGCGUACUACGCCGCCGAAUCAAAUAGGUUCUUGGCCUCAGGCAGCGUCCCGGAGUAUCUGGUCCGCGUAGAGACGAGGCUAAGGGAGGAAGACGAGCGGGUGACAAGAUAUCUGCACGAGAAGACCCGGAAAGACCUCAUUACGCGCUGCGAGAGCGUCCUGCUGCGCGCGCAUGCGCCGAAGCUCUGGGAAGCGUUCUUGGGGCUGCUCGCAGACGACAAGGACGACGACCUGCAGCGAAUGUAUGCGCUCCUGGCGCGCAUUCCCGACGGGCUUGAGCCACUGCGCAAGAAAUUCGAGGCUUACGUCAAGAGUGCUGGAUGUGCGGCGGUCGAUACGCUUGUGGCUGGAAAGGACGGAGAGGAGGUCGACCCCAAGGCGUAUACGGACGCUCUGCUAAGUGUGCACACACGUAAUGCUGCCAUCGUGCAAAGGAGUUUCCGAGCCGAGGCUGGCUUUGCUGCAGCUCUCGACAAGGCGUGUCGGGAGUUCGUCAACCGUAAUGCUGCAACGGGCUCUAGCGCGUCCAAGAGCCCCGAGCUGCUAGCCAAGUACACGGACUCCCUGCUGAGGAAGAGCAACAAGGCUGAGGAGGAGGAUGUCGAGGGCGCCUUAGCGCGAGUGAUGAUUCUGUUCAAAUACCUCGAGGAUAAAGACGUCUUCCAGACCUUCUACUCCACCAAACUCUCCAAGAGGUUGAUCCACGGUGCCAGCGCAUCGGACGAGGCGGAGGCAGGGAUGAUCGCCAAGUUGAAGGAGGCAUGUGGAUUCGAGUACACCAACAAGCUGCAGAGGAUGUUUACGGAUAUGUCACUGUCUAAGGACUUGACAGACGCAUUCAAAGACCGUAGCACCGCCCACGAGCAAGACGCGGGCUUCUCUGUGCUUGUACUUGGAACCAACUUCUGGCCCUUCACUCCUCCACCUCAAGACCUGCUGCUUCCGCCGGAGCUGCUGGGCACCUACGAGCGUUUCACGCGCUAUUACCAGACGAAGCACUCGGGGCGUAAACUGACGUGGAUGUACAACUACUCCAAGAACGAGUUGCGGACGAACUACACGACGGGGCAGAAGUACAUCCUGAUGACGUCGACGUACCAGGCGACCGUUUUGUUGCAAUACAACCGCACUGACACGCUCAGCUUCAAGGAGCUCGAGGCCGCGACGGGGAUCACGGGGCCGGGGAUCCUAUCGCAGGUUCUCAACAUCCUCGUCAAGGCACGGGUGCUGGUAUGCGACGAUCCGGACGCAGAAGAUGGGCAGUACGAUCUGAACCCCGGAUUCAAGUCGAAGAAGAUCCGGAUCAACCUGAACCAGGUCAUCCGCGCAUCAUCAGACAAGGCUGGUGCCCAGAGCGAGGCGAGCGAGGUGAUGAAGACCGUGGAUGAAGACCGCAAGUACGUCAUCCAGGCGACGAUUGUGCGGAUCAUGAAAGCCCGCAAGACGCUCAAAAAUCAGGCUCUGAUCCAAGAAGUCAUCGCCCAGAUCUCGACCCGCUUCGCACCAAAGAUCCCUGAUAUCAAGAAGGCGAUCGAGACACUGCUUGAGAAAGAGUACAUCGAACGUGUUGAAGGAAGUAAAGAUGUAUGGGCAUAUGUAGCGUAGAGAUGUGGACAUAGAUGGACAACAGGCCAAUGGAACAGCUGGAGACGUACCAGACAUGUCACGUGGAAACUUUCCGCUCAUGAACAUGGUGGUUCCUCUCAGUGUUCACGCAACAGUGCCGGUUCGACGGGCCUUGUCCCUCGCUUCCACAUCCGCUGGAUCAUUGUCGAGGAUGAGCCAGUUGCCUAGAUUGGAGAGAGAGAAGACCCACCUUCCGACUCGGGGUGAUGCUUCACGAAGAGCCCAUCUGAUCUCCACAUAUCUAUCGCCCACAUCAUCCCGGAUCCAGAGUUAUAAUGGUGCAGGUUUUACUCUGACGGAUGAUGUGUUGGGAUCCAAGUAUCCCUUGGAUUUCAGGUGCGAUAUCUGUUGCCUUGACACCAAAUUUCAACCGUCAGCACUCACUGCUUGUUGAACGGGAGGGUGGCAUGAGGGCGUGGAUAAAAGCACAGCGGCAUGGGUAUGAGCGGCUCGUCACUUCAUCAUCCUCCACUCAUUCCAUCUCUCGACUAAAUAACUUCAUGUCAACCUCGCUGACUUCCAUGGAUUUCUGGCCAUUCGAUGGCUUCUACGGUCUCACCAUGGGUCGUCCGCUAGCGGGCCCACUCACGCCCAUCGGUACGGCGGCGGGGGACGGCGCGACAACCUACCUCAUCAAGCUUCUUGACUUCACUGCCGCCUCGACCCUCAUGUCUGGCUCCUCGAAGGAGACGGUCACCCCCAGUGCGUCACCGCGUCACCGCCCGUCGGGAUCUGUCUGACGGCCCACGACGCAGCGAUCACAAACACAAUCGUCAUCUCCGCUGGCGGAUACUACGAGUCAGAGAGCGUCGACUCGCUGUUCGAAUCGUGCCGGUUAUUCGGUCCCAUCACAAUGGGGCAAUGCAUCCACAACGGCAUACAGACCAAUGGUUCGCUGUCGGGACCUGAGACGUUCUGGUUCGCACUGCGACAUCCCGGCGUCGUGCAGAUUACCGCGAUCCCGGUCGCGCUGGUCGCACCGACGAGCACCAGUGGGGGCUCAGUCCCGUCUGUCCCCGCCCCAACUACGCAAUCACCAUCAAUGCCAAUCCAGUCCUCGGCUCCUCUGUCCCGCCCACACUCUACAGCCCCCAGAACGGGUCUGAUCGUCGGGUGCGUGGUGGGGGGUCUGAGCCUCCUCCUUGCCGCGCUGUCAAUCGUGCUGCUUCUCUGCCGCCGCCGCCGGCGACUCGCUGCCCGCAGCACGUCCAGUCCUCCCGUACGCAACCGAGAUACCUCGCGCAUCUCGGUCUUUGGUCCGCCCCCCCUCGGCACAGUGCACAUAGCAGUGCCGCGCAGCGAAUCAGGUGCGUGGCUGUCUUGCGUCUGUUAAUCGAUGGAGUAAUGUCCGAGUGGUAGUGAGAAAGCCACGUAUAGAGGCGGUAACUGAGCCAUCGACAUCAACGGCACCGGCACGGCCCGAUACCGAGCAGAUACCAACCUCCGAGUUGCUCCGGCUAUUGAGCGAGCGGAUGCUCGGCUCUGAGGGGCAGCGCGGCCAUGAACCCGAGCCCGCUGGUACCGCCCUCUCUGAGCCCCCGCCAUCCUAUCGGUCAGACGAAAAUGAGGAUCGCGGUGGCUAGAUAGGAUUUAUACCUUAAGUUGCACAUCCUGAUUCCCCACCCUUGUUGUGAAUUGUGCGGGUAAAAGAGACCGUUUCCACCUACGAAAAUUGUACCGCGCGCAUGUUGGAAAAAUUAAGGAAUGCUUGAGAGCGCAAAUCACG